CUCCAGCAUGAUAGAUGUAGCAUCCACCGAUUGGGUAAUCAAAGCCCUCCUGCUCAGAUUUAGACUAAGACCAAACUUUAGCCAUGCCUCCCUUGGGCGCUCCUUUCCCAGUUUGUCUUAGUCUAUGCUCAGAGAGGACACAGUUUUGUUAGCUCCUCAGCAAUUGUUAGUUUAAAUAGUGUAGCAUUAGGAUUGUUAAUAUAGCUUCCUGUAGUGUACUCUUUACAUAAUUUUUGUUUUUUUAGUAAAGGAUAGUGAAUUAGCAAUCUUGGAGAUUUGCUUUCCAGAGGGCCUAAUUGGCCUCGUGGAUCGUAGGAGCUUUGCCGCUGAGGCGGCUUUCAGCUCAGAGUAUCUGUUCAGCACACCGAGGGAGGCUUCCCUUGUGUCUGAUAACAAUUUUUAUUGCCAGCAUUUCUGGAGAAUUCAGCCGAUUACCAGAGCUUCUCUCUUGCCUCAUGGCCAUGAGGCUCUAUCCAGGAUCGCACAGAGACUCCCCCAGGCUGCAGAAUCGCAAGUAGUUUGUGGUGCCUUAUAGCUGUAAGGGGGGAAGUGUGUGUAAGGUUCCCUCCGUCUUUUUGCCUGCCUGAACGGGGACUUCAAAGACGAGGCCGGAGAAGCUGUCUUACAGCUCUGACUAAGAGGAGAGACCAUUUUUAGGCGCAAAGAAGACCUGCGGCCGCCAUUUUGAAUUUGGUGCUGGGCAUGGUCGCCAUUUUAAGGUUGCUGUUUGCCUCCAAUUCAGACCUAGCAUUAGUGACUCACUGCGUUGGGUCCUCUUGGGGGUUUAGCUAUUGUUUUUUCGACGCAUUGCUUCUCAGAGAUUUAUUACAAAAAUAAAAUAAAAUAAAAAUAAUAAUAACAAUAAUAACACCUAUUAUCUUAAAUUGUGGGGUUCCUGACCUGUUCUAUUUAGCUCCCGGCGCUCUGCCGGCAGGGCCCAGCAGACAGUUUUAGACAGCUGUUCUGGCUGUUUGCCAUUGUGGUUGUCUUAGGGCGUGGGGAGCUUCCCUCCCGGACAACUUGAUCUGCGUAGUUACCCCCAUCCCAGGGCUUCUCCUACCUGGAAAGCCUGGGCACAAUGGCAGAUGGUGAGUCUCCUCAGGCUUUGCAGGGUUCUGAUAUUCCCCCCAUUCAAGCAAAACGCAGAUCCUCUGAUUCAAAUACAGGGGGGAAGAAAAAAGCUAAAACCAAGCAUUUAUCAACCAAAGAACCCUCCAAGACUGCUGAGCGAGAGGCCUCGAGGAGACACCAGGCACUGGAGCAAGAGUUCUCCAAAGCACAAAGGCUCAGGUCCAGAGAAGCUGAAUUGGUUCCCCCUGCUUCUCUGGCCAGCUCACCUUAUGAGCCCUCACUGGUGCCGUCUUAUCAAGCCCCCAGGGCAGGGUCUCCUCAAGGGGGAACUGAACAGGUCAGUCUAUUUGCCCCUAGACAACAUAUCCCUACAUCCCCUCUGCCAGGGCCUUCCAUUUCUCCUGCUAACAUUAGUACGCAUACUCCUGAGACCACCGCUGCUGGUGUGCCUUCAGCUGAGCGAUCCUUAUGGGCUCAACAGUUUCAGAGCUUUAUGCACCAGGCCUUCAAUAAAUUCAUGUCUUCUUCCUUAGCAGCUGGUCCCUCACAGGUUUCACCUUCUCCACCCUUGCCCGUAGACCGCACUGGACGUCCCCAGUCAGCGGGUUCAGGUAUUUCUGAGACUUCAUCUCAGUUUGGGGAGACUGAAUCUGUUGACCUGGUGACAACUGAAGGACCUAUGUCUGAGGAUGAGGAGGUAACUCAGGAUCCAACCCCAACAUUGGGGCUUUUUGAUCCAAACCUAUUCAAAUCUCUUUUGUUAAAAGCCUGCACAACAGCCAACCUGGCCUCGGAGCAGGAACCCAAGCCAUCUACCUCGUCUACACAAGAGUCAAACCCUUUAUUUGUUAGAAAGGUGGUAGAGGAAAAACAAGUUCCUUGUCCAGCUGAUUUCCACGAGACAGUGGAAAAAGAGUGGACCUCACUGGCCACCCUACCCUCUCCUAGCAGCACAGAAAAGAGAUUGUAUAAUGUAUCUUCUGCAUUCUCUUCCCUUCUAGAGGUUCCUACAGUGGACGCUCCAUUAACAUCUUUGUUCUCCACAUCCUGGAGACAUGGCCGAACAUCUCAAGGCGGAAGAUAAACGUUUUGAGUUUUCUCUCCGCAGGGCUCACCAGGCCUCUGCCUGGGCCAUCAGGGAGUCUUCGUCCUCGUCCUUUUUCGCGAGAACUUCUAUCAUCUGGCUCCGGGAACUACAGGCAUUAAUUCCUCCAGACCAGUAACAAAGGUAGAGGAGGCAACUAGAGGAACAGCCAUACUGGACCUAAUUCUCACAAACAGAGAAGAAGUGAUAGAGGGAGUUGAAACUGCAGGAACCUCGGGUGAGAGUGAUCAUGUCAUACUGGAACGCAAUAUAAUCCAAGCACAAGCAAUAGAACAUAAUGAUACCAGAGUCUUAGAUUUUAAAAGUGCUGAUUUUAACAAACUCAGAGAUAACUUGGGAAAGAUUCCUUGUAUGAAAAUCCUGAAGGGGAAAACAACUCAAGAAGCUUGGGAAACUCUGAAAAAUAUGAUCCUAAAAGCCCAAUCCAGCACAA